AUGCCACUGGACACCAACGAGGCGGCAGCCGAGGGCGCAGGAACGCCACGGGGCCCUUCCGCCGCCAGUCCACUCGGCACCGUAGCAGCAGCCUCCCCCUGGAGCCGCACCAGCCCCCUGGCGCAGGCGCAGCCGAUUGGGAGCAGGCCGCUCAGCCCCGUCCAGCUAUCGGCCGGCAGCCUGGCGGGGCAGCCAGCCGACCACCUGCGUGGCUCGCCCCACAGCCGCUGGCCCAGCGUGCAGGAGAUGGUGGGGGCCUGGAGCAGCUACGGCGGCAGCCACGAGGCCGAACACGCGGGCAGCGGCGGCGCCUUUGCUGCCGCCGCCUCGGCGGCGUGCAGAGGCUGGGCAGCGCACCGUGCAGAUGCCGCGGAGGCGGAUUUUGAGUCGCAGGAUGCUGGCUGGCCCAGGGAGCAGGAGCUGAGCGGGCAGCAGGCAGCGGGGCCGCGCGCCUUCACUUGGAGCCAGAUGGGCAUCACCCCCGGCAGCGCCGCGGGCUCGCGCCGCCCCAGCACCCAGGCAUCUGUCCACUCCAGGCGCACGAUUGAGGGCUCUUCCCACUCUCGGCGGCCCUCUCUGGCCCACCAGAAUGGAGAGGUUCAUGCCAACCCCGUGUUUGCUGCCUCGCCAGGGGAGUGGGCAGGCGAGGCGGCAGGCGCGGCAGCAGAGGCAGCGUGCGGCAGCUUCACGGCCGGCGGAAGCUUCAGCCAGCUGAAGAGGGCGCCGUCUCGCCUCUCCCGCUGCGCCAGCUUCACAGAGCAAACCGACUGUGGUGCGGCAGCGGCGGCAGCAGGGGAUGGCAGGGAGGGCAGCAGCCACCCCGGCUCCCGCGGCCACAGCAGGCGCGGCAGCCUGCUGCAUCCCGGAGAGGCUCGCGCAGGGCCAGCGGCGCCUGUGGCGACGCGGCCCUCGGAGCAGUCGCUGCUGCACUACGGCGACCUGGAGGGGCUGCAGUGCAUCGAUGAGUGA